AUGGCUCAUUUUAUAAAUGUGAAGAAGGCUGGGAGAAACAUGGAGGAAAGUGCUAUUACUUCUCCAUCAGUCAAUCAUCCUGGAAACAGAGCAGAGAUGAGUGUAAAGCUAAAGGAGGAGACCUGGUAAAGAUAGACAGCAGGGAGGAGCAGGCAUUCCUGGAGAGAAGAGUGAGAGAACUAAUGAAAGAAGGUGAGGACAUGUUCUGGAUCGGACUGACAGACUCAGCAGUAGAGGGCAGAUGGUUGUGGGUGGACGGAUCACUACUGGAUGAAAGUUUGAAGUUUUGGGCUGGCAAAGAGCCAAACAACGUGACAGAGGGAGAUCGUGAUGGAGAGGACUGUGUGAGGAUGGGAGGGGAAUUUGAAAAUAAAGAUCUGAAGUGUUGGUUUGAUCAGUCCUGCUUAAAGCCUCAAAGAAGUAUUUGUGAGAAAGCAGGAGUAACUGUGUAA